GAAUCCUUGAGGUGGCUAUUUAAUAGCAGCUCUCAUUAUCUGGGCUCUGUGUUUUGAGGAAAAGCGAUUUAUCGAGAAACGAACUUAGGGCCACGCCAGAGAGAGAGAGAGAGAGAGAGAGGGAAAUCGAAUCUGGAUUUUAGAGGAACUAGGGUUUGUAUUUGUACUGCGAAAAUCAAUUAAUGUUGGAUUAGCGGAUUAGAAGUCAGUGCUCAUCAUUUCUGUUGUUUAUGGCUGAUAGAAGAGUUGGUAAUCGCCCCAUGGGUCGCAGAGGUCGUCUUGAAAUACAGUCUGGAACUUGUAAUGUCUGCUCUGCUCCUUGUUCAUCUUGCAUGCAUCAUAAUGCGGAAUUUUCCGGUUCAAAGUCAGAUGAGUCAUCAGAUGAAAACUCCCAUGGUGUACUGGCAAGCCAGUGUUCUUUCAACGGGGACAAUCUUUUGCGUUCUUCUGGGGUUAAUGCUCCCGGCAGUUCACAUAACACUUCUAGUGAAGCGAGCCAUCUGGUUAAUUCCAAUCAUGAUACUUCAUCUGAGAAUGCUGAGAGUAAGGAAAUUAUAAGAUCUUCUGAUAUUUCCCAUGGCCCAUUAUUAGAUAGGCCUCACAAAGAUCAAGAUUCCAUGAAGGUAGAUUCAUGUAAUGACCAUCAGGCCAGAAGCACUCUAGGGCAGGGAAAAGUCAAGGAAAAGUCAGGAGCAAAGAAUAACGAAGAGAAGAAAAAUACUUUAACUGGAAGUUCUAAGCAUUCAGGACCAAGGGUCGGGAAGUCAGGAGAAAAUGUUCUCUUAAAUAAGGCAGAUGAAUCAAACACAUCUGCCAUGUCUGACAGUGAGAGUGAAAAUGAUCCUGAAAUGCUAGAACUUGAUGUAAAAGUAUGUGAUACUUGUGGAGAUGCGGGUCGUGAGGAUUUACUUGCUAUCUGUAGUAGAUGCAGUGAUGGUGCAGAACACACCUAUUGUAUGCGAGUAAUGCUUAAAAAAGUUCCUAAGGGUUAUUGGCUUUGUGAAGAGUGCAAGUUUGCUGAGAAAGCAGAAAAGCAUAAACUAGAAACCAAGCGAAAAAGAGAGAGUGAAGUAAACGUUAAUACACAGAUCUCCAGCAAAAGGCACAUAGAUAAAUUCGAGGCAGUUCCUGAUUCUAAAAGAUUGGCAGUUGGGGCUCAAAUAGGAUCACCCAAGAGAUCUGUUCUCCCAAGAAUGUCCACUUUAUCCCGAGAAACAUCAUUUAAGGGCUUAGAGAAGCCAACGAGAAAGCUAGCUCAUUACUCAUCUUUCAAUAGCCACUCCAGUGAUGACACAGAAAGCACACGAUCUACUGACUCACAGCUCCAGUCCCCUAAAGGUUCGUUUUUGAAGUCCAAUUCGUUUAAUUCUUUGAGCUCUAGAUCAAAAGUGAGACCAGUGGAUGAUGAUAUGCUUCCACGACAGAAGACUGGGAAUGAAAAUUCUUCCCUUGAAGUAAAGGAAGGAUUUUCAAAAAAUGUAGGCAAAUCAAUGUCAAGUAGAUGUAUUGACGUAGGGAGCUCUAAUUGUAAUGACUCAAAAGUAAAAGGUUCAAAGCAACUGAAAGAUUGGAGCACAGAAGCUAACCCUUCAGCAUCCAUUUCACGUGGCAAUUCAUCCAUUCCUUAUGCAAAAAGUCCCCGUGAUUUGAAGGAUUUGCAGUCUGAUGGUAAACAAGGUAGCUUGUCAAAACAAGCCAGACAUCUAAGUCGAAACCGUCUAGAAGAUAUAGUUGCUUCGGUGGGGGAUUCAUCUAAGAAUGAAAAGUGUAGUUCAAGUGAGCAAAUAUCAAGUGAAGCGAAAUGUAAAGAUGAACUGGCACAAGUAGAUGGUGUACCCCGGUCGAGGGAAUUCAGAGAGGCGGGGGAGAAAACCAAAGAUGCUGUUGGUAAUCACCAAAAGCGAAAUAUUGGCGAGGAUAAUAAUAAGGGCAAUAGGUUGCGAGCAGCGGUUGAUGCUGCACUGCGAAAAAAACCCAGCUUUAGCAAAAACAGAGGGUUGGAGCAAUCUGAUUUGCCUCCAGUGUCUAAUGUGGAUUCUGGUUGUAAUAAGGCUUUAAAAUGUUUGUCCUCAAAGGUGCCGGUCAUAAGAGAUUGGCCUGUGGGAUUCCAAGGAUUGCCAGGAGGGCAUCCAAAUUUACGGACAGACAAGCAGACAAAUACAGUAAAUGAAAAGCAGUUUACACUCGCUGGUACUGAUGCAACGACUGCUUCCCAAUCUGUUGAGCCCGAAGUUAACGAUCCUUCUGUACAAUCGGUCAUGAGAGAUUUGCCUGUGGCUGCCCCAAAUGUUCUGUCGACAACCUCAGCCAUCCCAAAGCCUGAGUAUAUUUGGCAAGGGGACUUGGAGGUGCAGAAAAGCAGAAAUUUGUCAGCAAUGCAUAGUGGAAUACAAGCGUAUCUUUCAACCUUAGCUUCACCUAAGGUGGUUGAAGUGGUGAAACAAUUUCCUGAAAAAGUCACCUUGAAUGAAGUACCCAGGCUUAGUUCAUGGCCUGCACAGUUUCAAGAUACAGGUGCUAAGGAACAGCAUGUGGCUCUUUUCUUCUUUGCCAAGGACAUCGAGAGGUAACUGUAUAUAAUUGUGUUUUGUUUCACAUGCUUAUUCUGUUUUUGGUCGUUUCAAUGUUUUAUUUCCUAAUCCACUGACGAAAUAUAUUAAAUGUUAUUGUGACACACAGUUAUGAGAAAAAUUAUAAGCCUCUGGUAGAUAACAUGAUUCAGAAAGAUUUAGCCCUAAAGGGAAACCUCGAGGGCGUUGAGCUUUUGAUAUUUGCGUCCAACCAGCUUCCUCAAGAUUGCCAGCGUAAGAAUGUUAACUAGAUUCUUACGAUUAAACUUUCUAUGUGAAGUUUUUGGAAUCUCACUGUCUUUACAAUGCUUGCUUACCAAAUUAAUAUCUAUUUCUCCCAUUGAGAAGCAAAUAUGGCUCUUUAGUCAUGCUAAAACACUCUCUAAUAAGUUUCAAAAAUGUUUCACUGAUGUGUCGUUCCGUAUAAAUGUAAGGCCUGAUCUAACCUGUAGAAAGUCUAUUGCUUAGUGCUACAUCGAUUCUGUUUGCAGGCUGGAACAUGUUAUUUUUCCUUUGGGGUGUAUUCCGAGGAAAAAAAGAGAGUUGCUCUAAUCCACCAAAGAACACACCCCUCCCGGCAUCUUGUGUUUCGCCAAAUCGUGAUACCUUUCGCCAUGAGAAUCCAAGCAACAAAAAGUCUUUGACUGAUCGCACAUUGAGCAGAAUGCAAUCGUGUAUGAAGGAGGAGGAUGCUAAAGAGGGUAAAGCGUGCAGUGGCACUGAGAAGGAGAAUGCAUUCUCUGUUUCAUAUGGAGAAGGUGAAGUGGAUGUAGAAACUGAGGAAGGAGAGAUAGGUGUUAGCCCACAGUUGAAGUAUGAGAAGACGGCAGGGCCUGGGACAGUGAAAUCCGCCGACAUGAACCAGAGAGUGAACGUGGAUGAUCUGAAUAAAGAAGGGCUGUGUGAAGGUCCAGCGAAUAAAAAGCUGAAGACAGUUACAGGAGUAGAAACUGGAUGUAGCAUUGUCAGGAGGGAUACAUCUGUUCAUAAAUUUGCUUCAAGGAAAUUCGUCUAGAUGGGAACACAAGAAGAAGCAGAAUGUGAAUACUUGUUUGUUUUUCGUUAGAGACUUCCCUGACAGGUCCUCAUAGGAAACAUAUCUUAAAAAGUAACCAAACUAGUGUCUCUUAAUUUUGAUUCAUUUGUUAUCAUGAAGAAGACCCAAUCACAGCUUUGUUUGUACAUAUUACGGCGAUGGGCAAAAGACAUAUGACAAGAUGUUGAUUUUGGUUGACUUGACUGAUCUGCUUAAGCUAAAGUGUGUUUUGGCUAAUUUCUUUUCUCUCUUCUGUUUAUGAAUCUUGUUCAUUGAAGAGAUAGCAUCGGUUCAUCGAAGCAGUUGAUUCGAAAGUGAAAUGUUGUGGUGUCAUAUUUGCGAAUUACAAAUAAUAGGAAGGGUUUUAG